AUUUUUUUUAUUACAUUUCUCGAAGAAAUAAUAAUAAGAGGAGCAGAUGAAUCCCGAACAGCAAAGACCCAUCAUAAGGCCACAGUCUGUUAAUGGAGUAAUGUCUCCUCAACAGCCUAUAGUUAGGCCUAUUAUGGGUAAUGCUCCAUUACGUCCUGUUAUGCAAGGACAACCUAUUAGACCUCUGAUACCUCCAGGUGUACGUCCUCCAAUGGUGAGACCUGUCAUGACAACUCAACAACAAUCUAUAAUGACUUCACCUCCAUCUAAUCAAAUUAGACCUCUAACUUCUCCUCAACAAAGACCUACAACAGUCAUGACAUCUCCACCUCCACAGGCUAAUUUGGUCGCACCUUUACAGAAUAUGCAUAUUCAGCAGCAACAACCUCAAUUAUCAACACCAUUACAUCAACAAUCAGUUCAACAACAACAGUUACAAACACAAAAGCGACAUGUUUCUACUGGUAAAUCUAGACGUGUUUAUGUGAACCCUGAAGCCUCUAGUUACACUCAACCUACUCAACAACAACAGCCGCAACAACAGUAUCAAUACCAACAACACCAACAACAAGCACCAUGGCCCAAUAGCCUUCAACAACCACAAGCACAACAACAACCACAGCAACAACCACAGCAACAAACACUUCAACAACCACUUCAGCAACCACUUCAGCAACCUUCUUUAAAUAGUCAUAGCUCUUCACGCCAUCAUCAAUCUGCUGCAGCUGGUAUAGGUUAUACGAAUGCUCCUUAUGCUCAUACUGGUCAACAACUUCCACCUGAACUUCGUCCACCUACGCAACCCCGUCCUCGAAUUGAUCCUGAUCAAAUGCCCGCACCAGUUCAAGUUCGUGAGCAGGAUGAAGCUCUCUUUGAUGAUAAGUUUUUUAGCACUAUCGAACGAGAUCAUAUCCCAUAUGCUACAACUCAAUUUAUUGGACUUGAUCAAGGGAACUGCAACCCUCGUUUUAUGCGUUCUACUAUUGACCGUAUACCGUCUACAAAGGAAAUAACGGAAAAAUCUAAAUUACCUUUAGCCCUCAUUGUUCAACCUUUAGCAAAGCAACGUAAGGAUGAAGUUGGAAUUCAGGUUGUGAAUCAUGGUUCUGAGGAUGGUCCUAUACGUUGUUCACGUUGUCGGGCCUAUAUUAAUCCCUGGUGUAUCUUCACUCAUGGUGGUGCACGAUUUGAGUGUAAUCUAUGCCAGCAUAGUAAUGAAGUACCUAAUUGGUAUUUUGCUAAUAUUGAUAUGUCUGGACGUCGUGUAGAUGUGAAUGAACGUCCUGAGUUACGUUAUGGUUCAGUCGAAUUUGAAGUCACCAAGGAUUAUUUCUCUAAGGAUCGAGAUCCUGCGCCAUUAAAUUAUGUGUUUGCUAUUGAUGUUUCAAUUCAAGCUAUUCAAAAUGGUAUGUUACAAUCCGUAUGUGAAGCAUUAAAGCAAGCCCUCUAUGAUCCUGCUGGUAAUCCUCUCUUGACAAAUCGUAUUGGUAUUAUUACAUUCAAUAAGGAUGUUCAUUUUUAUAAUCUUUCUCCUGGUUUAACUAAUGCUCAAAUGCUUGUUGUUUCAGAUAUUAAUGAUAUGUUCUUACCCCUUCAAGCAGGUUUCUUGGCUGAUCCUUCAGAAUCAAAGAAUGUUAUUAUAGACUUAUUAAACACUUUACCUCACAUGUUUAAAGAUACAACUUGCGCUGAAUCUGUAUUUACUUCAGCUAUUCAUGGCGGAUUAGAAGCAUUGAAGACAACUGGAGGUCAGCUCUUUAUAUUCCAAACUUGUCUUCCUAAUUAUGGAGCAGAUAGCUUAAAAUCUCGAGAUGAUAAAUCCUUAUAUGGAACAGAUAAAGAAAAAUCUUUGUUAACAUCUCAAAGUGACAAAUACAAAGAAUUGGGUAAAUUAUGUGUUCAGCAUGGUAUCUGCGUCAAUAUCUGGGGUUUCCCCUCACAAUAUAUGGAUGUCGCUACCUUGAACUCUAUCUCACGUCUUACCGGUGGUGAUUUCCGACACUUUCCUAAUUUUAGUUUAGGACAAAGGAACCGCAUCCUUUAUCAAUUACAUCAUGAUUUGCAUCGUGAAACAGGUUACGAUGGUGUUCUUCGUGUUCGAUGCUCAGAUGGUUUGCAAGUCAUAGACCAUUAUGGUAAUUGUCAUAUGAGUGUUUAUACAGAAUGUGAUUUAGCAGGUAUUGAUGAAGAUAAGGCGAUUGCUGUUGAGAUAAAGCAUGAUGGUAAAUUGGAUGUCAAUCGAGGUGUAUCAUUUCAAUGUGCUUUAUUAUAUACUACACGUGAGGGACAGCGUCGUGUGCGAGUGCAUAACUUGCAUCUUACUGCCACUAGUCAAAUCUCUGAUGUUUUCAGAUAUGGUGAUGUGGAUGCCACUAUCGGUCUUUUCUUAAGAAAAUCCAUCUUUGACUUGAAUCACAAAAAUCGAAGAGAUCUUCAUAAACAAUUAACCGAUCGUUGUGUAGCUAUCUUGACAGCCUAUCGUAUUAAUUGUGCCUCUGCUACUUCACCAGGUCAACUUAUUUUACCUGAAGCAUUUAAAUUAUUACCUGUUUAUGUUCACGGUGCUAUGCGAUCUACUGUCCUAAGAGGAGUGGGCCCAGAUAUGAAUAUUGAUGUUAGAUCAGCAGCUAUGAAUAUGUUUAAUGCUUAUAGUGUAGCUGAAUUAGUAUGGACGUUAUAUCCUCGUUUGUAUUCUUUACAUGAUUUACAAGGAAAUUCACCUAAAAUGAUUCGCACCUCUUAUGAUCGACUUGAUACAAAAGGAAGUUAUUUAUUAGAUACAGGAUCAGACUUAUUUUUAUGGUUGGGCAAAUCUAUAUCUUCUGAAUUCCUUCAAGAUUUAUUAAACGUCAAGUCAUUAGAUGAAGUAGAUCCUAAUAUGAUUGUAUUGCCUAUUCAGUCUACUAUUUUAUCUGAGGAAGUCCAUCAACUCAUUAGACAAUUACAAGCAUCUCGUACUAAAUAUUUGGCUUUGCAUAUUGUACGCCAAGAGAAAGAUGCCAUUGAAUUUUUAUUUGCUACUUGGAUGUCCGAAGAUCGUAAUGCUGAAGUACAGACUUAUGUUGAUUACAUGUGUGUUUUGCAUCGCAUGAUUCAAGAGGAAAUGAAAAAAAUUAACAAUUAAAAAAAAAAGAAAAAAGAAAGAAAGAAAAAAAAAGGCAUCUUAAAUAAUACAUGUA